AGUACACGUGGAAAAAUUGCAACAAAAACAACGAUCAGAAAAUGAAGGAGAAGUAUAGCUAAACAUUUCAGCAACACAACAAUAUUAUUGGAAAGUUCCUUGAUGUCAUCUUCCAUUUUCUCCUGAAGUAUACUAUAUUGACUAAGGAAUUUUGUGUUGAAUGAAACUUGGCAUAUGAGUGAUCAUGAGCUGUUGUAUACUCAUUUCUGUCAUCGUUUAAAACAUAAAAGGCAGUUGAAACUAAUAGAGGAAGAUGAAAUGGAAGGAACGUGUUUUUCUCCUACUUAUUUUAUGCGCUAUCACAAUACUUGUGUAUUACCGAGGCACACUGAAAUCCAAAAGACUACCCUUAACCAAAUCAGAGGAUUUAGACACAUUUAAAGAAAAGCGCAACACAUUUGCACUAGAAUUAGAUGAUGACCAUAACAAUUGGCUGUCCAUGCAUCCUUGGGAUGUUUGGCAAGAAAUGGUUACAGGCAGAGAAAUAACAGAUCGUUCUGAAAAGUUUGUACAUAUGAUAUUGAAGGCUAUGUCAGAAAGUAAGAUUUUAAGUGCAGAUGUUGGUUAUAAGGGUACACAAUUAAAAGCACGUUUAUAUUUGGAUGGACCCGAAAAACAGGUUGUUGUGUUCAAACCAAAAAGAUACGAGCGUGACAAGGUAUUAGGUGGAACACCCUAUGAAGGCUAUGAUAGACAUAAUGCCGAAAUUGCUGCUUUUCACUUGGAUAGACUCCUUGGUUUUAACAGAGCACCCCCUGCAGCUGGUAGAAUCAUUAAUUUAAACACAGAAGUAUUACCUGUGUGCAAAAAUAAAUUGCGCAAAACAUUUUUUACUGAUGGUUCGAAUAUUUGUUUCUAUGGUGUAUGCAUGUAUUGCAGAAAAGAGGAGCCAGCUUGUGGGAAGGGUGAAAAAAUGGAGGGCUCUCUAACACUUUGGUUGCCAGCAAAAUGGAAAGUUGCAAAGAUGAGACAUCCUUGGCAGAGAACAUAUAGAGACAAAAAGGCUAGAUGGGAGGUUGACAUGAAUUACUGUGACAGUGUUGUGCGGAAAGUACCAUACAAUGAAGGUCCUCGUCUGUUAGAUAUCAUGGAUACUUCUAUAUUUGACUUUUUAAUCGGUAAUGCUGACCGGCACCAUUAUGAAUAUCUUCAGAAAGAUGGAAAUCAUGGAAUGUUGUUACAUAUCGACAAUGGAAAAAGUUUUGGCAACCCACAUGUAGAUGAGACGAGCAUAUUAGCACCCCUAUAUCAAUGUUGUAGGUUACGCAAAUCUACUUAUGCAAGACUUCAAACUUUUUCCACGGAUAGUAACGACCCUUCUUCGUUAAGUGUUUUGUUGACAAGAAUGUUACGCCGUGAUCCGAUUUACCCGAUUUUGACGAAGGAUCACCUUCAAGCUAUUGAUAGACGGUUACACAAAACGUUAGAUGUUUUGAAAACUUGCUUUCAAAAGAAAGAAAUCAAUCAUGUUUUAUAUGAUGAAAAUUUUUAAAUUUUUUUAAAAGUGAGUUUAUUUAUUAAAUAUAUGUUUAUACCCAGUACUUCAGCAAAUCGUA